GCCCAGGGACAGGUGCCACGGAAGGGGAGGGACAGUGGGCGCGACGUCCCCGGGCGGAGGAGGAGGAGGAGGAGGAGGAGAGCGCGCCAUGGCCCCGCACGGGUGGGCGCUGCUGCUGGCCUGGCUGCCGGCCGGCUGCCUCUCGCUCCUGGUGACAGUGCAGGAUGUCGAGCGUUACACCACCUUAUUUGCCACUGUCAUCCUCAAGUGUGACUACAGCACCUCGGCGCAGCUGCAAGACGUGGUGGUGACCUGGCGCUUCAAAUCCUUCUGCAAGGACCCCAUCUUUGACUACUACUCAGCCUCAUACCAGGCUGGCUUGGCCCUCGGCCAGGACCCCUCUGACGACUGCAAUGACAGCCAGCGGAAGGUGCGCAUUGUCAUCCAGAAAUUCGGGCAGAAGGACCCUGUGCUGGGCAUCGACUACCAGCAGCGAAAGAUCACCAUUCAGAACCGAGCAGACCUUGUCAUCAGUGAGGUGAUGUGGUGGGACCAUGGCAUGUACUACUGCACUGUGGAAGCACCAGGAGAUACCUCAGGCGAUGCGGACAAAGAAGUUAAGCUGAUUGUUCUCCACUGGCUCACAGUACUCCUCAUCAUUCUCGGUGGCCUCCUCCUCCUUCUGCUCAUCGGGAUAUGCUGGUGCCAGUGCUGCCCCCAGUAUUGCUGCUGCCACAUCCAGUGUGGCUGCUGUCCAACACGGUGCUGCUGUAACCAGAAAGUCCUGGAACGGCACCAGUUCAUGAAGCGGGCUCAGGCACUGGCACCUUGGUUAUCACCCAACAUGUUCUACGGUGCUGGCGACAGGAACUCAAAACUUUCCUCUUACCAGCUCAACCCUCUGCUGCAACAAGAUGUAUCUCUACAGAACAGUCUUCCACUGGUGCAGCCACAAGCCCAGCUUUCCCAUAACAACGGUGUUUUGGACUAUCUGGAGUCUGAAAUCCAAAACCUGCACACGUCCCAGCUGCGGCCGUCCUCCCAGCAGCGGCAGGCUGUGCAGCCCAGCUUGCUGUCCUCGCUGGGCUCCGACAUCGUGCCACCUCCUCUUGCCGACCACGUCUCCUCCAUCCAUGGCAGCAGCAACUCCUCACGGCCACAAAGAGCCUCCCGCACCCCCAGGCCCUGGGACUCGGCAGUGGAGGACAGGAGGGAGAACCGGCGGUGGCCCUUGCCUUCCAGUGGGGAUUCUCACUCCAGCUACAGCCAGGAGCCCUGGGACAGGCAGCGAGAGGAUCACCCUCCGCGGCAGAGGACAGGCGGCUACAAUGGCAGGCCCCAGCACCUCAGACGGGAUGCGUCACCCCCGCGCCAGGCUGAGAGGGGCAAGAGCAGCAGCAGUUUCUAUCCAGAGGAGACCAAGGAGCGCUCCAGCCACCACCGUGGUGGGAGGCAGGAGCCCGGGGGAAGGCGGGAAUACGAGCACCAUGCUGGGAGGAGCAAUUACUCCGGGCAGAGGCGGCACAGCUACUCCCCCCCUUCUUCUCGCAGGGGCUCGUGGAGCUCCUCAGAAGAGCAGGUCCGUGUCCCGGUGUCCAACCGCAGGCGGAGGAACCGCAGGUCCCGCGAGUGGCCAGAAGAGAAACCCCCCAGUUACCGCUCCUUAGAAAUCAUCCCGGCUCAGGACAAGAAGCACAAAGGGACCCGCUCGGACAGAGGAAGUUCCCACAGUGGAAGAAGCAUAGUCAUUUAAUGUCAAUACUGGAAGAACCAAAAUGCCCACUGGACUCCUCCUAGAUUUUUUACUAUUAAGGUUGGGAUGGCUGCUUUUGAUUGAACAAACAGCAAUAAAACAGAUGAAGCAGCUUCCCCUUAGACUUACAACUCUGAAGAAUAUAAGUCUGGUGCCAUGAAAGCCAUACAUUUUUAUUGCUGUGAUUUGGAAGCUUAGGUUGAGCUAAGUUCUAAUGGGCUGAGGUUCAUUGAAAACGUUCUAGUAGAAACAGCAGAUUUUUUUCAGUAAAUAGUGUAUUCCCAGUCUUUAAAGAGAGAAACCAGCUCUCUUUAUUAAGUGUCGUGGCACUGCAAGGAGCCCAGUGUGUAAAACGCUUUGCACACCAGUUUACCAGAGAAAGGUUCCAAUGUUCAAGGAGUUGUAAAGUAACAAGACAGUAGAAUAAUUUAGAUUGGAAGAGACCUCUGGAGGUCAUCUGAUCCAGUCCCCUGGGAGCUUUGUUGGGGGAGUCACAACAUCUUUGGAAUGCCCUUUGUUGUUCUUCAGAAUGUGUAACAUUUGUUGCUUCGGCCUGGCUGCUCAGCAGAGCUGGGACAGUUGCUUUCUUUUGUCCCCACUAAGCCUCUCUCCCAAACAGGAGGAUCACAGUCUAAUAAGGUCUCACUGGCAUGUCUGCAAACUGCCAGCUUAUUUGCUCUUUACUGACUGAAAGAACCUACUACUUUGAGCCUAGACCUUAGUGCCUUAAAAGAUACUUGUGUUAGCCUUUCAUACAGACUUGAAUUUAUUUGUAAACUUAAAGGGCUAAAUUUACCAAGGUUUGUCCUUGCCUACAAGGACUGAGCAAAGUAUGACUGCGUGGAGCAGAAUUUCCUUCCGCUCAAGGAGGCAUGGUUUUGGUGAAUAUAUCUUGCCUAAGCCAUGUACUCUUUUCUAUACAUUUUGUAGUCUUCCUUUCCUCUCUGUGCCAUGUAUCAUAUACAUGGGGUGGGAUAAAUGACUCUGAAGAAUUCUUAGAGUCACCAUUUUUACUGAUCUUUACCCUGACACUUACACCAGCAUGUGUGGUGCCUCUGAUCUGGAGCUGGAUUGUAGGGUUUCCUCCAUUCUCAACCUGACACUAGAAGGCAGAAUUUCUCUAUGCUUUGAGGCCAGUUGUGAAGGAGAACUUGUCAUCUCUCCUUGAUGAGAUUAAUCCACUGUUUUAAUUUAAAAUGUUCUGGAGAAAGAGAAGCUCUGUGGAUGCUGGCUGCUUCCAUGGGAAGUUGUCUUGCAGGAGGCACUUCUUGGAUUUGAGGGACUCCGCGGUUGGCAAGGAUGUUUUGGAGAAUCUUGAGAAUUAUUUUGUAACCCAGGCAGUGGAGAUUGGCCAGUAGCAAUGACUGUCUUGCCUAGUUUAUUUCGCAGCCACUGCCACAUGGGACACUGCUACUGUUUGUUUUUUAAUGUCCUAAUUACUGAUGUGCUUAUGCUUUCCCCUGGAAGACUUGGAGAGACUUUCACUUUGUCCACCUCCUUUUUUUUUCUUUUCUUUGGACAAUGAUGGGAAACACCACACUUUGAAGAAGUGAUCCUAGUUGGAUAUGCAAUGCAGUUGCUGGUCAACCCAGGGCUACUCCAGAGUGCUCAUCUUCCUACAGUUUCUUGGCUGAACAUGCUUAUUCAUAAUUCCUACCUAUGGAGAUACAGCAGGAGGACCAAGGAGCUUCUCUGGUUGACUUUGUUUCAGCACUGGAGGCCUACUUUUUGAAGACAGAGUCUCUUUCCCACAGUUGAUGGCUAUCAAAAAAAUAAAAUUAAAAAAGAGCUAAAAGAUCUAGAAGACUUACUCCAAUGUUUAAAAUCAAGAAAGGAGGGCUCUAAUUACCAUAGUGCUUGUCUGCCUUAGGCCCAGACUCAGCAAUGUGAAUUGACCCAUGAGUCACAUUUGAAAUACAGGGAAUUGUGUUCACAGAACUUGCAAAGCUAGGAUCACUCUUGAAUCAGCCACUGUCUGUGGAUCUUUUUUUUUUCUAAUUUUAUGACAUGCUUAGGAUUUUAUGAACCACCUUUUUGUAUGAUGGACUAUUUUUAUUAGUUAAGAGGCAUUUAUGUUGACUGCAGUGACGGAAAAUUAUAUGGGGCUGCUUCUUCUAAAACUAGCAACCAGUUUAGACAUUAGCUUUGCCCUCUGCUGACUUUUAGCAGAUAGCCAGAGCCCUGCAGAUUCUACCCUUGGAAGCUGAAUUGGUAACCUGGAAUUUGACUCCCUCCUUGUGACUCCAGUAGGUUCAUACAUCAUGCAAGAGAACUUUUUCCUGUCUUAGCCCAGAUGUCCAGGUUUCAGGAAAGGGCUGACCCUUUCUUCAUCAAAGAGUAGAGGCUAUUUGAGACACGUGGUGAGAUCCCAAGCUAGUUGCAUGGAAGGAGUUCUCUUUCCUGCACAUUCGAGUGUGUACAAGCCAACACAUGCCAGCAAGUUUUCCCAAGAGCAAGAAGCCACUCACACUGCAAGAAAACUAUGAUGACUCUCUCUGUAAUGGGAGCAGCUGUUGGAACUGCUGGAGUAUGAGCACGCUAAAAGCAGAGGUGGUGCUUUUUUAUCUACACCUAUGAAGGAUCCCUCCAUCUUUAUUUGUUCCUGUAGUCCCCAUAAUUGAGCUAGGAUGACUAAUUGUAGAUUUGUGAACACAAUUCGCAAAUUGUAAAGUCCGAAGGGUUUUAUCUAUAUCAUACUUGAUUUCCUCUUUUGUCACUUCGUUCAUGUUUAUAGAACCAUUAAACAAAACUCUUCAGGGAAAAUAGAUUGUAUCUCUGUGUUAAUUCUGCAACUUCUUAAAUUGUGACAGAAGUAGAUUGGGUGAUCCAGCAGGGAAGCAGAAAUGAUACUAGGCUUAGUGGUCUGCAGCCCACUGCGGUUCAUAUAGCACCAGCUGGUGGGCUGUAAAAUAACGACAAAGGAAAUCUAUCUUUGCGUGCUUUACAACUGCUCGCAGACAGAAAAGUGGGAAGGAAAUAGGCUCUGCUUUAGAUGCUUAUUUCUGAUUUUAAUUUGCUUUAAAUGAAACCCAUUGUGGCAGCAUUGCACAAUACAACAUAGAACCUUUUCCCAGUAAGAUCACAGGGUCUUUGUCUUUUUAAGAGAGAGAGAGAGAACUGAGCUGCUCCAACACAGCACACUGAAAGAAAUAACAGUAGGAAAUAUCCUGGCCUCAUUCUUUCUACAUUGCAAUUUAUUCAUGCUUAAUUUUUUAGCCAUUCCAGAGAGCUGAUGUUCAUAUGUCAGCCCAUUCAUGAUGGAAAAAUUUGAAUAUUUCACAUAUGGGAGUUAUUGCUAUUCUAGACUUUUGUUCUUCUGUUCUUGCUGGAAGAACAAGGAAUAUACCUUACCCCCAGAUUCAAAGAAUGAAUCUUCUGUCUCAGAUAAAGUGCCUUCAUAGCCGCUGUUACCCUAAUUUAAAAUAAUGUAACGAGUAAGUGACCAUGCCACACAGGGCCAGAUAAGGUCACCCAUGCUACAGUCAGCUGCUUUCUACCUCAGACCAGAGAAGCAUAAGAGAGAUAAAGAAUUGUGUGAUUUUUCUUUGAUUAAGAAAGUACUUGCAAUAUCUGGCUUUCUUGCUUAUUUGCAGAGCACCCUGCCAUUCUGGAAUGCCAUUCCAGGAAUGGUGGCCAAGGGCUGCUUCUGGGCAAUCAUUGAUCUGGUCUUGGCAAGUGCCCGUUUGGCACUAGAAAGUGCUGAAAUGCCCAGUUGCUAUCUCUGGGAUUGUAUUCAUGACACCACUGCCUAAAGUUAGGCUGACUUCAGGGCUGGGGAACUUGCCUUGUGUGGUAACAGCCACAAUGCAAAGCUCUUUAGCAGUAUGAAUUACCACACAGGGCAGCUAAGUCCCUUCUCUUAUUACCUCCUGCAGCACAUCAGUUUAAAACACCCACUUAGAGCCUCCCAAUUGUUGACCUGACAGAAGAAAGAAAUGACACUUGAGGUUAUCUUGAAUUAACCUCUCCUAGUAAUGACUGCUCAUUGCUGUUUCUGCUAAGUUAAAUGCCUAUGAUGUGCCUUGUGCUGGUCUUCUGAAUGUUAUUCCAGCUGUCAAAGAAGAUGAUAAGUGUGUAGAUUCUUUUCAAUGACUGUCAAAUGUAUAACUGAAAUAUAAGAGAACUUUCAACCAGUUGCUCUAGUGUGUUCUUCCUAGACCAUAAAUUGCUUUUUAGUGUUUGCACCAGAA